GUUGCGGCAUUAAAUGGGUUUAGAAUGGGUGUCAAAAGUAUGUUCGUCUGCUUUUUGUUGUUCAUCACACUCCGAUCCGCACAGAACAAACAAAUUUUUGUAUAGUUUCAAGUUCCUGUUUGGUUUCAGAAAUUUUACGGAUCGAAAAUGUGUGACCCUUGUGGAUCGUGCUGCGCUCCUUGCUGUGGUCCAUGCUGCGGUCCGUGCUGCGGUCCGUGCUGUGGUCCGUGCUGCGGUCCGUGCUGUGGUCCGUGCUGUGAUCCUUGCUGUGGACCCUGCUAUGGUCCCAAUGUCUGCGGACCGUGUGGCGCAACAGGACCCUGUUCGGGCUGCUUUGGCAGUUGCUGAGCAAUAUGAAUUACAAAUACCAAACUACAGAGUCUAAACCUUCCAUCACAAGUCCGAUGAAACCCGCAGAAAGCUUGAAGCUAUCGUUUAGUCUCUACGAAUAAAGCAUUUACAAAUACAAACAUUUCACAAA